AACAGUCAUGGCCGUGUGCUCGCUGCUCAACCCAUAGAUAAUAAUAAUAAUUAUAAUAAUAAAUAUAUAUAAUAAUUAUACGUGAAAAUUUUUUUAAAAUAGUAUUUUAGACAUCACACCCAUUACUAUGAUAAUGACAUUUUAAUUUAUUAUUUUAAUUAUUUACUUAACAAUAACAACGUGCAUUUAUUUUAUUUAACUGACGUGUCAACAAGACAUAGACUUAAAUGUGUGAUAAAAGUAUUUGAAAAAAAAAAAAAACAUGCCAAGUUUAAGAAAAAAAGUCGUAGGUUUUAUGCGUCAAUUAUCAAUAAGCAAUUUAACUGCUGCCGUUGAAAAUAUUGGUCACAAUGACAACACCCUAACACCAAGAUCACCACCUGCUGAUUUUCCUGGUGGUUGUUUUGUGACCCGUUACUUAAAUGGAUCGGAAGAAAAAAUUGAAGGGCCGGUAAUAUUACAUGGUCGUAAUCCUGAGGAAUUGCCAAUUAAAUUACUAGGUAAAUUAGAUGACAAUGAAGAAGUAUUUGCUGCUUACACGGGUCCAGAUCGCGGAUUGACUACAGUUAAUUUGAAACAGAAGCAUUUGAGUAUUAGUGAUCCUGAUGUUGAUUAUAUUGAUAUUCUUGAACAAAAUGAUCAAGAAGCAUCAGUGAACACAUCAAUGGAUUGCAUAUUUUCGGUCGCUGAUAAUCGUUGGCUAUUGAUACCAACAAGCGAAUCAUGUCCAAUAGACAAUAGUACUAUUAAAAUACGUGCUGCUGGUAAAUUAUACGAGCCAGAUAAAAAAUAUACAAGUGAAAUAAAUAACCCUUAUAAGUACAGUUAUCAUGACAUUGAAAAGAAAAAUUAUAAUGUUAAUAAUUUAAAUGGCAAGGCAUCAAAAUUUAGCGGUGUCAGAUUUGAAUUGUGUGAUGACAAAAAAACAGAUGAUGGUUUUGUCGAUAUGGCGACAAUUGAUGAGGGCAUACAGGCAUCUAGUGAUAGUGGAGAUAAUGUUGAUAACUCGGAUGAUGAUAAUAAAAUUGAUUUGAUACGUGUAUCUGAUGAUACUAUUGACGAGAAUAGUACUUCUAAUAGUACUGACGAUAUUAUUCCUCCGCCUAAGGAUUUUGCUAAUGAAAUGAUUCCGUUACGAAAAUCUAAAAGUGCUCCUGCACCAUUUAAAAAUGCUCAAAAAGCUUCGCUAUCAAAUAACGAAAUGAUAGCUGGUAUCGAAAAUUGGUUUCUACCUCAUGAAUUAGCUUAUGGAAUUGCAACGACCUUAUAUGAAAAAAACCCAACAAAUAAUGUAACAAAUGGAGAACCGAUAGCUGAUUGUUUUGGUAUUGCCGCUCGUCCAAAUGCUGCAAUACUGAUAUUAGCUGACGGUGUCAACUGGGGUGUAAAAGCGAGUUUAGCAGCACGUUCAGCCGUCCAUGGUAGUAUGGAAUAUCUAAAUAAAGCACUAUUUACUCCGUCAUUAAAUAACACUGGUGUUACAACGACAAAAGAUGUAUUUGUCGCAUUACUACGUUCAUUUCAUGCAGCUCAUUCUAUGAUUUUACAAGAACAAGGAAUGCUUACGACAUUAACAGUUUGUGUUGUAUUACCUGUCAAUAAUUCGCAGCCGUCUGAUGGAAAUACUAGAUUUAAAAAAUAUGUCGCCUGUACAUGUAAUGUUGGUGAUAGUCUCGCUUAUGUUUAUUCCAAAAAAACUGGAGUCAGAGAAAUAACUCGUGGCUCACAUGAUAUUUAUUGUAUGCGUGAUAUGCGUGAUGCAUUAGGAGCAUUGGGACCUGUUGACGGGUCAAAUCCAGAGUUGAAUAAUUUAACACUAGCAAUGACAGAAGUAGAGGAAGGAGAUAUUGUAUUUUUAACAAGCGAUGGAAUUUCCGAUAAUUUUGAUCCAGUCGUUGGUAAAUUUGCCAUACUACCAACAAAUAGUAACUCUAGUAGCAAUCAUAAUGGCCAAAGACCCGGAAGAAGUGAUAAUAGACAUCACACACGAUUACGUAAUAAUUGUACUGACAAUAAUGAUUUACCAAUCGUCGAAGCUUAUCAGCGACACGAACUAACUUUGUUACGUAUGGAAGAUUUAUUGUCACGUGGAGUUUCUGGUGACGGGCCACCAUGCAAUAGUGCCAAAAAAUUAUGUGAAUUAUUACUCGAUUUCGCUGUACGUAUAACAGCUGCCAAAAGACGUAUUCUCGAAGACGCUGAUUUGUAUUACAGCCAACAUAAAGACGGUCAAUUGGUACAGUUAUCAAAAUUAGAGCAGCGGUCACGCAGAAAAAAAAUACUUGAAAAAAUGUCAAUGGUGCCAGGUAAAUUGGACCACGCAACAAUUGUUGCCUAUGCAGUCGGUUCAUUCCAAACUAAUAAAACCGAUUAAUUUAUUUAUUAUAUAUAUAUUAA